CCAAAUACAAGUGAUUCGCAUGUGCUCUGUGUAAACUGUAUAUAGAUCUACGAUCUGCUAAAAAUUUAACCUAUCCUACCUUUACGCGUCGGUGAUGUUGUCUUUCAGCGCUUACACAAUCGACAACCUUUGAACAUGUAAAUAUUUAUAACCCGUGGUGAUGAUUUGACGCACAUUUUUAUAAGACACUUUCGCUGCUACUUUGAAAGGUCGUGGACUUAGACUCUGGCAAAGUGAUAAAUGCGCUUACUGUGAAAGUCUGCAGCUGGCAUCUUUGUGGAUUUGAAUGAGCUAAGGAUGGCUGACGUAAGGACAUAUAAUGUUGUUGUUUUGGGAAUAGGAUUUUUGCUCAUUUUCACAGCAUUCACCACUUGUGGUAACAUCGAACAAACUGUGGUGAAGGGUUUGAAUAACACUACUUUCAGUGGCAGUGGGUAUCACAGCCUUGGAAUAAUAUAUGGAGUUUUUUCAUUCUGUAAUUUAUUAGCUCCCACGAUUGUCGCUAUAAUAGGACCACGGUUUACAAUGUUCUUGAGUGGGAUUCUUUAUAGUGGUUAUAUAGCCGUAUUCAUCAUUCCAUCCACAUGGUCUUUUUAUUUGACUUCAGUGCUAACUGGCAUUGGAGCAGCCAUGCUGUGGACAGCUCAAGGACACUUUCUAGUGGAGAACUCCGAUGUUUCCACCAUCAACCGAAACACAGGAAUGUUUUGGGCUUUACUGCAGUGCAGUAUGUUGUUUGGCAAUCUAUACGUUUAUUUUGAUUGGAAAGGAAAAACUGACAUUUCAGAUAAAGACAGAAAGAUAAUGUUUACGGCCCUGCUGGUUAUCUCAGUGCUCGGGACAGUAAGUUUUCUCUUCUUGAGGAAGGCUCGCGAGAUGGAAGAAGCUCUUUCUGAAGAGGAAUGCCAGUCUCUGUUAUCAACACCACUGAUGUAUAAACAGAGAGCAAGCUCUGCUGUGAGGGAAACCAAAACAGAUUUAAAGACCACUUUGGAAAUCUUCAAAACCAAAACCAUGUUGUUAUUAAGCUUCUGCAUGGCGUACAGUGGUUUAGAGUUGUCAUUUUACAGUGGGGUGUAUGGGACUUGCAUUGGCGCUACGACACAGUUUGGGGUCGCAGCAAAAAGUUUGAUCGGCAUUUCAGGCAUUGUACUGGGAGCUGGAGAAAUAAUUGGGGGAGGAUUGUUUGGCCUUGUGUUCAAGAAUAACCGAUUCAGACGAACUUCAGUGGUCUUUUUGGGAAUGGUUGUGCACUUUUUGGCCUUCUACCUGAUAUUCCUCAAUAUACCAGAUGAUGCACCUGUGAUCCUCAAUACCAGCUCACAACAUACCUCAUAUCUGACGCCAAGUGUUGCCAUUGCCCUGCUGUGCAGCUUUUUGCUCGGCCUUGGAGACAGCUGCUUCAAUACUCAACUUUACAGCAUCCUAGGACAAGUGUAUGCUGAGAACAGUGCACCAGCCUUUGCUAUAUUUAAAUUCAUACAGUCCAUCUUCGCAGCAGUGGCAUUCUUCUACAGUGGCUAUAUUCUCCUAACCUGGCAGCUCCUGGUUAUGGUUAUCCUAGGAUUUAUAGGAACCCUGUGCUUUUUCAUGGUGGAGAGGAUGCAGAAUGUGUCAGCUGAUACACACGAGUAUUAAGAACCAUUGCACAGGACACAUUUCAGUAACAUUUGUACUACUUGCACUAUUUGGAUGUUUUGAUUAGGAUACAUCACUACUUCUCAUUUUAUAAAAAGUGUAUAUUUAAUGCAACUUUUACUUGCUGUGAUAGCCUACUAUUGCAGUUGAAAAAGAACAAUUUGUAAACAAAAUUGUAUAUUUCUAUAAUGCAAUUGUAUUAGUCGAGCAUUUCAGUUAAUUUCUCAAUGGAAAUUGUGAUGUAUCUUCAGAUGUGAUGCAUGUGCCUACACAAAGAGUUAAGUUAGUCUUGUGGAAAUCCUCAGGGUUCUGCUGUAUUCAUUUACAUGUACAAGUGCACAAUUUUAUCCAAACUGACUUAGUAUGCAUUCAAGCUAUACAUUUUUUAUCAGGUUGUAUGUUCCCUGUGGAUUUCUUAUAGAGCUGUAAUUGAAAAUGAUUCAUAAGAUUCAAUACAUUUUUAGAUUUCAGAAUAUGUUCCUAACGCAUUUCAAAGGUAAACUUUACAAUUAUUGGAUAGUUUUUAAAACUAUAUACAUUGUUUUCAGAAAAUGAAACUUUAAACAUUACACAUAAAUAAUUGUAAUCUUGUCUAGCCUAAAGCUCUUUCGCAAGACAAACAGAACUGGUUUAAGCAAGAUUUUAUCUGACUGCUAAACAGUUUAUGCAAUUGUUUAUGACAAGUCUAUCAUGAAGGUCUGGACUAUAUGCAUGUCUCUAAUUGCUCUUUGUUUUAAUCCCUUGUUCUGUUUCUGAAGCCAUAACUAACACAUUUCUCCUAAGCUUUCAAAAACGAGCUAAAGAUUGCCAAAUGAUAUACUUUUUAAUAAAUGCUCAGUAAUAUAUCACUUUUACAAAAACAUAUCCAUCACAGCAACACAGUUUUGCUGUGAUGUAUAUGAAGGCUGCGUAGUGUGACAUCACUCAAGUUAUUUGACUGCAUUUGCCUUGUUUACAGUUUGCUUUAGGUAUAACAUGGCUUGAUUAAAUAUUUAUUAUUUUUACAUUUGUAUCACUAACACCUGUCUAACACACACUGCACAAAAGACAAUGUUUAUUUGCAGCUAUGCAAACAUUGCAUCAAGUGUCAUGUUGUAAAUAUGCAAUAAUUGUAAAGUGUCAGAUACUUGUUUGUAUUAAGCCUUUUGUGCCAAAUGUAUUUUUGCAUUUGUUAAUUGACAAUCAACACAAAACACUUUUUUAUGUUUAUUAAGUAUUUAAGACAAAUAAUAAAACAUGUUUGUGUGUAUUA